AUGGGGCUCACUCUUUCAUCCGUAUUUGCUCGGCUUUUCGGAAAGAAAGCAAUGAGGAUAUUAAUGGGUAAGAAAUGCUGAAUUCUUUGCCCCGAUCGAUCAUCGUUCGAGUUAUUAUACGUCAGUCAUAUUUACGCCGGUCUUUUGAACAGUAUUUUCCUCUUAAUUUAAGACGCGUUUCUCUGUUGUUCGAGGUUUAGCAUUUAUUUUCUUGUUUUAUACCUUUACUCUUUAUAGCCUAGCCUUUUAUGUAUAAUUUACCUUUAAAAUAACUAAGACCAUACAACAUUCAAACAGAGUAACGUGUUCCUUUGGGUUAUUUGUCAGUAUGAUAGAGGCCAGUAAGCUUAAUAUUACAAUGUCACCUUCAGUGAUUUUUUACCAGCCUGCUGUCAUUAAACAAAACAUAAAACCUAGAGAUAUUCUUAAAAUUUACAUCUCUUUAGUGAAUUUUAGUGUACCUCAUCCAUGUUAAAAAUGGAAAAGAGCCACCCUGUCAUCAAUUUUACCCAGUGUUUCACACAUGUGAUUCCUGGUUCACCUUUUAGCUACGGUGGAACUUCAAUUUGAUGAUGAAGGGCUAAGGGACCAGCCAAAUACGUUCGCAUAAACAGGGUUUCGUUAUAUCGAGGUUCUUUUCCAUACAUUUUAUUAUAACUGGGGCAGAGAAUAUUGUUUGUUAGUAAAAUCUAACUAGUGGUCUAUUUUCAAUGAGGCAUUCUGAUUGGUUGAGCUACUACCAAACUAUAUGUUAUAUCCCACUAGUAGCGAAAAGCGCCGGCUUUGAAAACCAAAACAAUGGAGGCUGAAUCAUGUUUUGCUAGCUAAAGUUGUUUUGUCUCAAUAUUUUUGACCAACUAGUUAGAUUUUACAAAAACAAUUAUUAUUUCUCUCGCCCUCAUGGCCUCUGAGUCAAUAGCCCAUUCAGGCUUGAGGAAUUAUCGUUAAUUAUAUCGAGGACUUCUUUAUAUUAAGGGCUUGUUAUAUUGAAGUUCCAAGUUGUACUCUGUGAGCACAGGCUACUUUUUUACGGUAUCUGCUGGCAUAGAAAAAGGGGUUGCACUAGCUUUUAUGGCCUAUACGGGGAUUUGCCGCUGGACAGGGUAUGGUUUUUGUCCUCUCUGUUUUAAACAGGGUAUAUAAUUUCAUGUAUGUCUGUCCUAAACAGGGUAUAUAAUUGUGUUUGAGUCUGUACUAAUUAUAAAUCCCAUUGAUUUGAUUUGUUCAUACUACAGUUGGCCUUGAUGCAGCUGGUAAAACAACUAUUUUAUACAAGCUAAAACUGGGAGAGAUAGUUACUACUAUUCCUACAAUUGGUAAGUUCUGACAGACUUUUCAAAUCAUUUAAUGUCAUUUUAAAACAUGCAAGUACAUGUUUACAUGUAAGUGCCAGUUACUUUAAAAUUAUUAUUAUGUUAACUGAAAGAACACAUUACUACAAGACCUUCUGCCAAAAAAAUUUGCAUGUGAACAAAAUGAGGGGGUUUUACUUGAAAGUUUUAAAUUUCUUUGGCACAUCCUUCCCACUGAUCUCAAAAUGACAGGCUCAUGAUGAUAAGAAUUUGAACAGGCUUCUAAAAAGUUCAAGGGUUGCCUCAGGGAGACGUUGAAGUUUCGAAUCGAUCGGCGCAUUACAUGAACUAGCAGAAGUCCUUCUGCACAAAAGUGAUACUUUAGAAAUAAGAAAACUGAGUGCCCUACAGGAACACCGAACACUUAUGUUGGACAAAUCUCCUAGUUAUGGUGUGUCAAAGGACCCUAAAUUUAUAGCGGACAAUGAUACACAUGUUCGUAGAAACCUUGUCAUAGUAGGUUGUCUUUAUUUCAUCCCCAUUGAAGCAGAUUGACCUUGGGAAUGAAGUUGUAUUCCUAGAAGAGGUACAUGUAAACCUGUUAUCCACAGUGUGAGAUUAAUAGAAGGAAAACUUUGCUCCCAAUGAAGGGAAAAGGGGAAAUAAUUGACAUCGAUUAUUUUGAUAAAGUUGAACAGGGAAAGAAAGCAAAUCUUUAAAUUGAUAUUGUUUUCAACAGGAUUCAAUGUGGAGACAGUAGAAUACAAAAAUAUUUCCUUCACUGUGUGGGAUGUUGGUGGGCAAGACAAAAUCAGGCCUCUAUGGAGACACUACUUUACAAACACACAGGUACAGUGUAUAACGUGCCAAUUUGUGACACGCUGCUGUUUUGUGGUUAAACUCUCACAGGGUAUCUGACAAUUGUGCUAGAAACAGGUGCAGUGUAGGACAUCAAAACCCUUUGCUGUUAAGAUACAUUGUAGAUCACUAGUAGUGAUAUCCCAACAAUGGCUUAUUGUACUUAGAAUAAAUUGUUAUCUUUCAGCAGUAAUGAUGUGUUGUUUUCACUUGUCACAUUUUGUCAUUAAAUGUCACAAGGGAUGUUGCUGCUUUAGGUUAAUUCCAUGUUGGAAGUCAUUACUAACAUGUAGUGCCCUUACCCAUGCAUAAAAUGCUCCUAUAUGCUUCUGUGUCCCGCUUCAAAAGUUACUUGUUGGUCAACUUGCUAGCACAUGGCUGGUAUUUCACUUUCUCUAGGACUGUCUAAUUUCAUAUUUUAUUCUUAUUUUUGUUCUACCUUUUCAGGGCUUAAUAUUUGUUGUAGACAGCAAUGACAGAGAAAGAAUAGAGGAAGCUAAAGAUGAACUGAGCAAAAUGGUAAGACCAGCAAUAAUGCUUUCUUUUAAGUUGUCAACUUAAUGUUAAGCUUCUUUUGACCACAGUUUUGAAACCUACUUAUGACGUUAACAGCUGCAAAAAGUGCUCAAAUCAAUGCACCAAACCACGAAUUAAUGAACCUAUAACAUUAUUGGUGACUUCUUUAUCCUUUAUUUAAUUUAUCCUGUGAGGCAAUGCAACCUCAAGGUUGGCUUUUCAUCAGCCUUCCAUACCCUAUAAAUAAUGUCAAUCUGGUACAAUGUAGAUUGUUCAGGUUCCCUAUUUUUCCAUAAGAUAAUUGAGAUCAAGCACUCACCGUCAUGGACAGCCAUUUUUAACUGUUUUCAUAUGUACCGAGGGGGCAGGUGUCAGGUUUCUAGUGUCCCCUGCCCCCUAAGUAGAUGAGAUUGUCAUCUUCAAGCUUGACCUGGUCGAGAUGGCGACCUGUUGCACUCAUUCUCGACAAUCUUACAGAAAAAAAAAAUAGAGGGGCUGUGAACAGUCCAUCAAGCUGGAGAAAUACACAAGUUGUGUAGAUUUUUCUUUUCCUCUCUUUAUUAAAUUACUGUGCUGCUUUUCUUAUUGUUGUGCUUUCAUAAUUCAUUAACUAUUAUGCAGUCAUGGAGAUUUUAAAUUAUUGCCAUUAAAAUCUUUUAUUAACAGCUUCAAGAAGAGGAACUACAGGAGUCACUUUUACUGGUGUUUGCAAACAAAAGCGAUUUGCCAAAUGCCUUCAGCUGCAGUGAAAUAACAGACAAACUGGGACUUCAUUCCUUAAGAAACAGAAAGGUGAGAACUUCUCCUAGUACCACCUUAUCUAUCACAUCAGAGAGAAUUGCCACCAUCAAUCCAGCUGCAACAGAAAACGAAUAUCAUCUUAUGAAUAAGCCUCUCUUCAGACUGAAAUUAGGACAAGUCAAAUUAGUGGUUAUGUGAUUACACCCUUUGGCUCUACUAUUUGCUGUUUGCUAUAAACAUGUAUUUUACAGAAAAAAGCACUUUUGUGUGCAGUUCCAGGCUGUCAGAUAGCAUAAUAUGAGUGCGUGAUCUGGGAAAAGGGGGCAGUGGCGACCGUUUUAUUUUUGUGUUCAUGCUCUCUCAAUUUCACGGACCAGAUUAUCUCAGAGCCUUGAACAGGCGAGAGUAUUAUUAAAUAUGUUAUUCUACUCUUCCUUGGAGUUUUAUUUCAAAACCUUAUUCUUAGUAUUUAUUUGUCAAAAACUUCUCUACUGCUUAAACAGUCAGGAAUGGUGAGAGGGAAAAGAAGAAAAAAUUAAACUCAUUUGUUUAACUUUUUUCUUACACCUUUAGUGGUAUGUUCAAGCCUCAUGCGCUACCCAAGGAACUGGCUUGUAUGAAGGACUGGACUGGCUCUCAAAUGAAUUGUCAAAGUGAUCUUUCUACACAGAAACAUAGAGUUUUUAUAUUGUAAACUGCGAAAUGACACCGACUUACUGUAUUUCUGAGAUCAGGGUUAACGAUAUUUAUAGACUGUCAUGCGAAUGUGCCAUUCAUUUUGUUCCAUCUUUAAGUGGUACAUGUACAUGUAAUUGAACUCGUAUCGUUAACAUCAAGAAAACCUUUCUUGAUUUUUGUUUUAUGCAUGAAGAGAUUCUGUACAUGUAAUUUGUAACACUGUCUUGGUAAAUGAAUAGUGGUUAAUACUUUGCGUUGACACAAAAUAACAGGCAUAUUUUUGCAGUUGAUAAUUAUUGGACUGUACAAUGAAGUCUACCUGAGACCGUUGUUGCACAGAAUUAUUUUCAUUUUAUUUGGUAAAUAGUUAAAUAAGAAAAUGUUGCAUUUCUCUUAAAUUUUUUUCGUGUAGAAAAAUUGUACCAACAAAGAAUAAAAAAGUUUAGAGUUUUAAGUGAAGAUUCUUCAUAGCAAAACUGUUUUCAGUGUCUUUGUACAAUUGUUGUUCAAUAUUUUUUCUUUUGCGCAUCAUUUUUGUGAAUUAUAAAGUAGCGGUAACCUGUAUAUGUGGGUUUAUUCACGAAGUAAGAAAUAAUUAACUUUGACUCAUUAUCAAUGAGAUUUAGGGAAAAAGUACAUUUAGUAAAUAGUGAAUAAUAAAACCACAAAGUAACUUAAUUUUCUUG